CCAUCUGAACACACCUCACCAAGCACCAAGAGCAGCAACAUCAACUCACAGGAGUUUAAACUUUUCCCUCCACAGAAGAAAACACUGGAAAAGACUUUUACCUGCUACUGAGACAGCUUGUGUUGGACUUUACUUUCACUCUGUGUUUGUUUUUGGAGUGAUUUUUGGACAGUUUGAGAGCGGAGGAGUGCCUGAGUUGAUGCAUGCGCUCUGCUGACACAGACAUUUGAUUAUCGAGAGUUUCUAAAAGCAGCUGGUAAGCUCUCUUUUUCCUUCCGACUUUAUGUCUACAAAGAUGGAACAGCCUUUCUAUCAUGACGACUCUUUUCUGUCGGCUUACGGCCACUCAGAUGCAGCAAUGCACGACUACAAACUGCUAAAGCAGAAUAUGAAUUUGAACUUGACAGAGCCCUAUCGCAACCUGAAAUCCCAGCUGAGAGCCGAGACAGACCCGUACCAAGCGGGGCACCAAGACGUGGGGUCCCUGAAGCUGGCAUCCCCAGAGCUCGAGCGGCUCAUCAUCCAAAACAGUAACGGUGUGAUCACCACUCCCACCCCGGGACAGUACUUCUACAACCGGGGGAUCACCGAUGAGCAGGAGGGCUUCGCGGAGGGGUUCGUGAAAGCCCUGGACGAGCUGCACAAGAUGAACCAGAUGCCCCCUCCCAACGUGUCCAUCGGCGCCGGUGGAGUUACUACGUGCGCGCCGGCGGCCUCUAGCGUCUUCGGCUCCUCCCUGCAGCCGGAGCCUCCCAUCUACACCACACUGAACGCCUACUGUCCCAACACGAGCCUGUCUUCUGCGUCCAGCUACCCCACCGCCACCAUCAGCUACCUGCCGCCGCACCAGCAGAGCCACCAGCAGACCUCGACGCACGCGGCGCACCCGUUCCAGCACUCCCUCCCCGGCUCCGGGCUCCAUCCGCAGCGGCUGGUCGCGCUCAAAGAGGAGCCCCAAACCGUGCCUGAUCUCCUCAGCAGCGACGGCUCGCCUCCAAUGUCCCCGAUCGAUCUGGAGACCCAGGAGCGCAUCAAGGCGGAGCGCAAGAGGCUGCGGAACCGGCUAGCGGCCACCAAAUGUCGGCGGCGCAAGCUGGAGCGCAUCGCCCGGCUGGAGGACAAGGUGAAGGGGCUGAAGAACGACAACGCGGGGCUCUCCAACACGGCUUCGGUGCUCCGGGAUCAGGUCGCCCAGCUCAAACAGAAAGUCCUGACGCACGUGAGCAGCGGCUGUCAGCUGAUGCUCACGAGCAAGCUGGAGGCGUUUUAGGCACCAGAGACUACUAACUGACUGAA